GUUACAUGAAAGCAGGGAUUUCUAUGGGUUUUCUCAGCGACUCACAGUAUGUUGUUCAGCUUCAAUCUUCGGCAUUAAGUUUGACUUUUGACUCAUUACAGUAGAGUAAAGGGUUGUCUUCACUCAACGGAAGAGCGACAGUAACCGGAAACAGUUCGGUUUCAGUGUUUGUUUUUGUAGAAAUCAGUUGACUGUGUGUGGAUCUGUUUGUGAUCGUCGGGAGGAGCUGCAGCCCGAUGCAGACAGGUGAUGGAUGUCAACCGGGAUCAAGGUCGAAGCUGCGGAAGAAAACUUCGUCCUCUCUUCUCUCUCCUGACAGCUGGUCCAUCAGAGGGAAGAAGAGGAAGCAGGCCAGCAGAGAUGCAGACUCCCUCAGUCUCUGCAGUCUGGACAUCAACGAGCCCAGCACCAAGCGCAGUAAACUGGUCUCCAGGUUGACGUCUCUGGCCGGCCUGCUGCAGCCCGUAAAGACCGCUCCGCUCAAGAGGAUUGGCCAGACGCUGCAGCGGUCCAUCAGUUUAAACAAUGAGAGUCAGACGGAGAGAGCAGCUCAUCCUCCUCCAUCCUUCUCCACCAUGAAGACGCGCGUUGUCUCAGCGUCAGUCUCCAACCCUUCUUCCUCCAUGGCUGCGACGCGGGUUUCCACGACAACCGCCCCGCCCGCCAAGCGCCGUGACAGCAAGCUUUGGAGUGAGACGUUCGACGUCAGACUGGGAGCGACGCAGCCUCUGAGCCCAAAAGAGAUCAAACGACAAGAGGUGAGAGACGCACUGCUUGUGUCACAGGCUUACCACGACCCGAUGCUGAAGCUGUCAAUCAUGACUGAGCAGGAACUGAAUCAGAUCUUUGGCACUCUGGACUCGCUGAUACCCCUGCAUGAAGACCUGCUAAGUCGCCUCAAAGAUGCCAGAAAACCCGACGGGUCCACAGAACAUGUGGGUCACAUCCUGACUGACUGGCUUCCUUGUCUCAGCUCCUACACCUCGUACUGCAGUAACCAGGUCAAGGCCAAAGACUUGUUGGACCAGAAGAAGCAGGAUCGACGGGUCCAGGACUUCUUGCAGCGCUGUCUCCAGUCACCCUUUAGCAGGAAGUUGGACCUGUGGAACUUCCUGGACAUCCCCCGCAGCCGACUGGUAAAAUACCCGCUGCUGGUCAGGGAGAUCCUGAAGCACACGCCCAACGACCACCCGGACCGGCAGCACCUGGACGAGGCGAUGCUGAGGGUUCAGAGCGUGGUGGCGGACAUCAACAGGCGGACGGGGGAGUCGGAGUGUCAGUUCUACAAGGACCGCCUGUUGUACACGGAGGACGGACAGAGGGACGAACUCAUCGACCGGUCCAGGACCCUCAGCUGCCACGGAGAACUGAAAAACAACAGAGGACUUAAGCUCCACGUGUUCCUGUUCCAGGACGUCCUGGUCAUCACCAGGUCCGUCUCGCUGAACGACCAGCCAGUCAGCUACCAGCUCUGCCGCCAGCCAAUCUCCAUCCGGCAUUUGGACCUGGAGGACCUAUCAGACGGGGAGAUGAGAGUGGGCGGGUCCAUCAGAGGAGCCUUCAGCAACAUUGAGCGAACAAAGAACUUCUUCCGGGUCUCGCACCGUACGGGAGGUCAGCUGCAGAGCCACUGCUUCCAGGCCAGCGACGCCUUCAACAAACAGCAAUGGAUCAACUGCAUCCGACAAGCCAAAGAAGCCGCAGCACUGACUGGAGACCAGCCACCACAGACGGGACAAUGUCUGGGGACAGCGCUGGUGGGACAGAUAGGGCUGCUUGGUGAGACUGGUCUGAGUUUGCACGGUGAAGACAAAAAUGGGGUGUGGGGAGAGAUGGAGACAGGGCUUGGUGUGGGAGGAGGGGAAGGUCUGAGUGGAGAGAAAGAUCUCGGUUUGGGGAAAGAGGUUAGGGUGGGUUUGGCUGGAGAGACAAUGAUGGGUAUGGAUGAAGGGACGGGUUUGAAAUUAGAUGGAGAAACAGGGAUGGAUGGUGAGACAAAGCAGCAAAUCAGUGAGGUGGAGACAGGGCAGGUCGCUGGGGAGAUGGGGGCAGAGCCAGGAACCAGAGCAGACUGGAAAAUGGAUGGAGGGGGAGAAACUCUGGGAGGAGGAGCUGCUUCGGAUGCUCCGGCCUCGCUUUGCUCCUCCGCUUCUCCCUGUCAAGAAGAGCAGACGAGGGAGGCGGUGGAGGAAGAGCGGAGCAUCUCUGGCGAGGGGGAAGAGGACGGCAUGGACACCGGCGAGGUGGACUCACAGCAGUGCGAGGAGCUGAACCUGCGGUGCUGAUGCUAGGGCCAAAACCACACUGACGGACUGGCAGCCAAUCAAAUUGGGGACUUGAUGAUGAUGACGUCACAGAAGGAAGUCAAAAGAACAUCUGACAAGCUUACAAUACGUAGAUAUAAAUACGUAGAUGUCGCCUCUGGUUUGCGAUAUGCAUCUCUGCUGCCGCCAUCUUGGGAUGUAUACAUCUGACCGGUUCCUACCACAACAGACAGGCUUCUGUGCUGCUUUUGAACGUUCAAGAGAAAAUAAGCCAA